UAUGGUCGAAACACUGGUCUGCGUGCAUGGGUGACGGGAAUAUGCGCGAAGGUUAUGCUUGGUGUGUUUAAGACCGAAUGUCAGCAGGUUGUAUAAAAUAGCCGCCACCCUAUAACUGCGGUUAUAGUUAUUAAACACUGGUUGCUGCGUUCACACCGUUACGACGUCUGUCAGUUCACAGCUCUUGGAACACAGUGAUACUCACAGUUAGUAUCAUAGUAAUUUUGCUGUUCACCUUUUCAAUUCUUUGCUCUCAUUGCCUUUAACCUUGCCUUCAUAUCACCACUGGUUUGUGCGUUCAAUCAAACACCUUUUAGCAGUAGCAGCAGUAGCAGCCACAGAGAGUAGCCAGUGUAACGGUGAUGCGAGUUCCACUCUGAACUUUCCCAGGAGUUUGUACACCAUGGCAUAUUGAUGUUCUGAUGUGGACAUCAUUGGAAGAGUGAGAAGUAUCGGCUAGGAGUCGGAGUAGGACUUCAACCAUUGGUCCAGGUCAGGUCAGUUCUUUGAGCACAGGUGUGCGGUGCUAGUGCCUUGUGUAGCCUGCUGUGCACUUCGCAACAACGUCUCGCCCCAGUACAGUGUAAUAUUGUAGAGCAGCAACACGAAGCGUGUCGUUCUGGUGAAGGUCAGAUCUUGGCUGUCUGGGUAGCUCUAAGCCCAAGCACCACUCUGGGUUGGAACGCGCCCGUUGACCGGAAUACAUGGUAAUACCAUUGGGUACUAGUACUCCGAUGUGAUAAUCACCUAUGGCUAUGGUGGCAAUCUUUGCACUCGUCUGUGAGGCUUCCCGUCUUUCCACUACUGACUGCGCUAGUAUAUUAUAAUUGUGUACAUUGUUUGCAGCAAGGACUUCAGACACUUUGUCUAAUUCCGUACAUGUAGUACCUGCAUGUGCAUGUGUGCAACUGUGAUUGACGCGCCGUACUCUGAAGUUCGUCGAUAUCACUUAUCAGACAGUGCACUCCACCACUGGCACUAGUUCACUCUCUAGACUCUGACCUCACUACGACACUGGAUAUAGCACCUGACUGGAUCACCACUGCACAGGGCACUAGUCUGCACAUAUCGUACAUCUCGCCAAGCCUCAGCCGAGUCAGCGCUGGCAUUCCUAGUGGGUAGCCCAUCGGAUACAUAGUCAUUGGUUAUUGCUCCUCGACGGGACGACGGAGGAGCACAGUGGACGUUUGCGAUAUCUCUGGAGUAGAGUGUUCCCCAUAAUAUUACUAGUAUCUAGUCUGUCUCCAUCCUUGCACAGCUGUACAAAAGUGUAUCGUCUGACGAUUCCUUGCAGCCGAUCCCGAGGCUGUGCAAGUUGGGUGGGCUACGCCGAGGUCAGGAGUUGUCUAUUUACGCAUCCACGGUGAAGUCCCAAUACUAGAGCUUUGGCAGAUCACUACAGUAUCACAUAACUGGCGCCUCUUGAACUUACUUACUGGAAGCGAUCAGCUCGUUGACAUACGCCAUAGGCGACGUGCGGUGCGUCCCAACCACUGACUACGUGCAUCCGGCGCACAGUCUGCUGUCAUGCUGAACCCAACUGCUAUUGACCGAAGCCGGAGAGCUUGACUGGCAUAGUGACAUCGCGGGAGCAGUGAACCAUGCCGAUGCUAGCCCUGCGCGCAUGCGGUAGUCACCGGAGUAGUGCAUAUUCCGGCGCUGGUACUGUCAGCAGCAGCAGCAGAGCACGCGGCUCUACACAUAACGUUAUGCAUGUACGUGGGCGACACCACACGGAGCUGCCGGAGGAAUGUCACAUCCGACAUUGCUCUCCACGCCUGCGACUGUGGCCGCCAGUAAUGGCAUAUGGAUUGAGCACAUGUACUGUCAGAUGGCUUGCUCUUCUCGUUCAACUGUUUGUGCUCGUAACGAUGGUCAGUCAUGGCAGUGUGAACGCACAACAAGAAGACAGUGGCAGCCUGGAUAGACAAACCAUGUCGGCGAUUAUGAAGGACCUAGCUCUGAACCAUCGCGACGUUGAUAGCACGCACGGCAGAACACCAGCAAGACGAGCAGCGGCGGGAGACGGAGCAGCAUCAAUGGCAACAGGGGCACGUGACGGGGGUGUUGAUGACGUAGACCCAGUCACUGCCAUUCCAGCUAACAACAGGCGGUGUUCGAAACGCGACGCCACACGAGUUAGUGCACAAUGCGCCCUUCAGUGUCGGUGCAUCGCUGGACGGUGGAAAUGCUGCCGACUUCGGAAAAGCUAUGAGGAGCUGAGCGAAGAGGAGAAACAGAGACUGGUCGAUGCGUAUCUCUUAGUGUCACAAGAUAAGCGCUACAAACGAGAAUUUUCGGCACUAGUUUGGUCGCAUGCUGUGUUUGCGUGCCAGAUGGUGCGCCGUGACAUUGAUCUUUACCCAACCAUCGUGCCAUUCCAUCGCCUGCUUCUCAUCGCUCUGGAAAACCUACUGCGGCGCGUCGACUGCCGCAUCACCAUGCCCUUCUGGGACAUCCCCAAGCACUACACCCGGUCCUGGGCCGAUCAGCCCCCACUCCGGGACAAACACCUCUUUGGCAGUGAUGGCUCCGGCCCGGAUCACUGUGUGCGUGACGGGGAUCUGGCCGAGGGGAAGUACACCACGCCCUUACUGCAGUACCGUGGCGUCAAGUUACCGCUGAAGACCACGUGUCUGAGAAGGAACCUUGACGACUCGUCAGCCCCCUGUCCCUGGCCAGUUGUUCAAGCAAUCCUCUCCGUGCCCAGUUCCGACGCCGCUCUGCUCAUGGCCGGGCUGCUGGGCGGGUUUGACGUCCUCUUUCACUACGGCAUCGGUGGUUCACUGCGCGAUGUGUCGCUGCCCAUCGACCCAAUAUUUGCCAUGGCACAUUCGUACACGGAUAAGCUCAUCGCCACGUAUCAAGCCGUCGGCUCAGACUUCCUGUCUGGUCACGGCUACUUCAACAACACGCAGCGCCUCACGGCCUUCCCCUGGUUCUCGGCCUCCGACUUCAUGGACGCCAGCAACCUGCCGGGUGGAGUCUGUCUGGCCUGGGGUGCGUCCAUGUCACGUGACGAAGCCAUCGCCACCGGUUACUACGCUGCCAUGGAGAUGCCCAGGAGUGAUUAUCUUCAAGCGGCGUAUUCGAAGGUUCGCGACCAGCAGCUGGACGGCGGGGCACGCUCGGCCAAAGCGUUUCAAACGGUUCUGGACUACUUUGCACAGCACUUCCCCUCAUUCAAGUUUGAUGCGAGUGGUUUCCACAUACACGACUGGCAAGCAGCCUUACACGCAUACGCUCGCCGCCCUCGCAACAAACAGCACUACGCAUUGCAGGUCUGCGCCGACAUU